AUGGGGAUUUCCUUUUCAUGUUCAUUUGUUAAGUGCAAUUGUGUGGAAGAUGGCUUGGACUCAAUGAUUGUUAAGUCCCUAAACUCUGGCAAUGAUGAAAUCAAAAUUCCAUUGUGUUCAGUCAGUUUCAAAAACGGAGAUUUAGAACCCACAAUUGUGAGAUCUCUAGGCUUUGGAAAGAUGUCAAUGGACGCACCUGUGAACUUGGACAGAAAAGAUUUGGAGAACAUAAUUUCAACUAGGACUCUAGCGUUUAACAAAGAGAAAAGCAUGACUAUGUCGAGGAUUAAUGAAAAGAGCAAAGAGAUGGAUGAUCAGUCUUCUCGAUCAAAGUGUCAAAUGGAAAAGAUCCAAUCAGCACCACUGGAUCCAGACAACCCCAAACACAUGGCUGCACUUAAACUGCAGAAAGUAUACAAAAGCUUUCGUACAAGAAGAAAGCUAGCAGAUUGUGCGAUUCUUAUUGAACAAAACUGGUGGAAGCUCUUGGAUUUUGCUGAACUCAAACGCAGUUCUAUAUCUUUCUUUGACAUUGAGAAACAUGAAACUGCCAUUUCGCGUUGGUCUAGAGCUAGAACAAGAGCUGCUAAGGUUGGUAAAGGUUUAUCAAAAGAUGCUAAAGCUCGAAAACUUGCUUUGCAGCACUGGCUUGAAGCGAUUGAUCCACGCCAUCGGUAUGGACAUAAUCUACAUUUUUAUUAUGAGAAAUGGCUCAAGUGUCAGAGUAGAGAACCCUUUUUCUAUUGGCUAGAUAUCGGAGAAGGAAAGGAGGUAAAUCUUGAGAAGUGCCCUCGAUCAAAACUUCAACAACAGUGUAUUGAAUAUCUGGGUCCAAUGGAAAGAUUGCCUUAUGAAGUUGUUGUGGAGGUCGGAAAGUUCUUCUACAAGCAAUCCGGAAAGGUCCUUCACACUACUGGUGAAGGGGCACGUGCCAAGUGGAUUUUUGUCCUUAGCACAUCUAAGAUCUUGUAUGUUGGCAAGAAGAAGAAGGGUUCAUUUCAGCAUUCUAGUUUCUUGGCUGGAGGAGCCACGUCUUGUGCUGGGAGACUAGUUGUAGAACAUGGUGUCUUGAAGGCAGUUUGGCCUCACAGUGGUCAUUAUCGUCCUACAGAAGACAAUUUCAAGGAAUUUAUUUCAUUCCUUCGGGAGAGGGAUGUGGACCUUUCCGAUGUCAAGAUGACUUCAGUUGAUGAGGAUGAUCAAUUGUGUUCCCUGAGAAGGAGUGGACACCUUAGAAGCCACUCAUCUGAAGAGGAUUUCACUGAGAAUAUGUGUGCCAUGGAGGCUGAAGAGAAGGCUAAUUUGAUGGAAACUGAGAGCUCUUCUGCACUGGUGGCACCUAAGUCAAGGCGAUUCCAAAAUUUUGGAAGAGAAUUGACCAAUCUUGAAAUACCAAAAAGAGGUCAAAUGUUUGAAGGACUACAAAAUGGAAAAACAGGUGCUAGGCAUAGUAAUAAGAGUUUCCAAAUGGAUUCUCAUGCAGGUUAUCAAGAAACCGCACAAGCUUUUGCGCCAGAGAUGGAUCAGACAGUUAUCAGUCAUGUAGGAACUAUUCCAAAAGAGUCAAUACUUAAAAGGAUUGCCUCACGUAACAAAUUGAAAUCAUACCAACUGGGGAAACAGUUGUCUUGCAGAUGGACGACCGGUGCUGGACCUCGUAUUGGCUGUGUGAGGGACUACCCUUGCGAGCUUCAGUUCCGAGCUUUGGAACAAGUUAGCCUGUCUCCAAGAAGUGAUUGCUACUCUACAUCAUCCUUUGCACGUACGAUUUCAGCUACAGUCACAAACAUAUCAUUUCAAAGUCUGCCUCGAGGAGUUGAGCACAAUACCCGUUUGGUCAGAGGGAGAUCAGUGAUACCAAUUAUUCAUAUUUCAUGA